AUGGCUGUCCGGAUAUGUUUUCCCUGGAUCGCUCAUCAGCGCAAUUUCACAAAGAUUGCGCUGCAAAUCCAACGAAAAUCGGCACCCGAUAUGCCACGGAUCAUUCGUCCUCAACGACAAGACGAAGCACUGUCGCAUGAGAGCAUUACCAUGGACAAAUAUUCUCUAGUACCGCUCGGGGCUUCAAGUAUUUUUCCAGAAAUGCUCACAGCCAUCUACGCAGCAGAUGUUGUCGAAUUGGUAGAGGCGCAUUUGUCAUGCAAGGAGGGACUUCGGCAAACGCCGGCGCUUGAGCGUUCCCCAAACUGUAUCUACAAUCUUCCUGUUUCCUCAUAG